AUGCCCGAUAAGGGGCUGAGAGAUGCUCGGGAAGAGCAACAGGAGCUUGAGGCGCUGCAUCGACUUGAUGAGGAGUGCGUUCACCAACAACGAGCCGGGAAUUAUCUCAAGGCCUUUGACUGUAUGGAGCGAGCUCUUGUUCUGCGGCGGCACUUUUUUGGUAUCGAAAGUGAGGAGGUCAUACAGGCCUGUCGAGCACUUGCAGAGAUGUGCAACCUCUUGGGCAUGAGCUUUUUACAGCAAGACAAUUACCCAGUGACUAUUGACUUGCUAAAGAAGGCGGAGGUGCUUACUCAACGCCAUCACCCGGUCGAACGAGCCACAACGCUUAACAACUUCGCAUGUUACUACCGUCGACUGGGUAAACUUCACUCAGCUAUGACGAGUCUGAAACACGCAUUGGACCUAGAGAAGAAGCUGAAAAAUGUCCGCAACGCUGCAGAUACACAGUUGAACAUGUGCGCCGUUCUAUCGCAGCUAGGGAAGCAUCAAGAUGCUUUGGAGCAUGCGCAAGAUGCACUUAUUACUCUACAGGAAGGAUUUAUCCACGACAAACGCAACGUAUCUACUGAUAAUUCUACUGGAGAUUCAACAAGACUUGAUCGAAUUUCGGUCAUGUGCAUUGCGUAUCACAAUAUUGGAGUGGAGCAAGAAUUUCUAAAGGAAUAUUCGGAAUCCGUUGCAAGCUACAAGAAGGGAAUCGGCUUGGCAGAGCAAUAUCUUGGCGCAGAUCAUUCAAUCACGACCACCAUCCGAAACUCAUACCUUGCAGCGAAGCGAACUUUGGCUACUAAGGUGAAAGUUAAACCUGGCCCAGGUAAUCACGAUCAAAAGAGCCCUAAAGCUGGUGCAAGACUUGUAUCGAGUCCUCGAGGUGGAUCUCUUCGGAUGCCAAGCCCUCUGUCGAACGAGAAAGAUCAUCGCAAUGGCUUCCCAACACCACGUUCCAUUAUUACAGAAGCUUUAUCAAGAUCUCCUCUGUCAGCAUUACCGUCACUCGAGGUACAAAGCCCUUCAUGUGCAAGCAAGAAGAAGAAAAAUACAGUACCCGAUGAAGUGAAGAGUGCAGCUCCGUCGCUGUCCCCUACAGAUCCAUUUUUCAGCCCUCGGUUCAGAUUUGAUAGCGAUAUGACUCGACCAAAACCUAAAGUGCUCGCAAGCAUCGCGAAUCCCAGGUCAGCAGCACUAGCCGAUGGGGAGGUACGAUCUUCAUCAAACAGCAGUAAGCGUGAAAGGAGGAAAAGCAGCGUGAAGAAGCCUCCAUUGACAAGUGAAACCCGUCGAAAUGGUAGAAAAAUAUCAACUGAUGAACGCGUGAAGAAUGCGACGACACCUCGAGAAACUGAGGAGAACUCGACUGCGAAUGCGCCUUCACUGCUUAGUCCGACUCAUGAUAGUAGUGAUGAAAAAGCUGGUGGUUAUAUCGAUGGCUCCUCAAAUGAAAGCAUGAAACAAGAACGCAAUGGUGAGAUGCAGAAUCUACCGGUGGCUGGUGGAAUUGAAGGGACUGAAGUAUCAACAGCUUUGACUAUGUCAAAUAAAUCCUAUCUGCCCGACGCCGUCACAUGCGAAAAACACGAGAUUAAGAGUAACGAGGAGUACAAUGGUACAGCGGAUUGCAUUAGCCUUGUGGAUCAAGAGUUGGAUCGAAACAUUCCUACGCCACACACAGUUUGUUCGGAAGAUACCAGCCAUGAUAUCCAGGCCAAUGACCUGAAUACUGAUGGAGCAACCUCACCGGUGACAAAUGUUAUCGAUAAAGUUACAGAAGUGAGUCUGCACACUUCUCUAACCGAGGUUAGUUCAGAGGAAGAAAAUGCAAUCAUGGGUCCGGCAUUUAAGCCGCAAGAGACAAUCGAAAAUCGCAAUUCUCACGAUCCUGCUUCUGGAAUUGUAACUAAUGAUGACAGUGCGGAACCAAGUGAUGGCGCUGUUAAUGAGGUGGAAGGAGGCCAAGACCAUAAAACACCAAAGCCGAAUACCUUAGUGGAUACUUACGACGAAGUCACGGUUGUUUCCGAUUCUAUUGAAGAAAUUCCUAAGGAGCAGUCUCGUCACCUUGUAGUAGAUGCCAGAUAUUAUGGUAACGCUGAAGUCGAUGCCGGCUUUGCCGAUCAAGGUGUAGAUGGAACUAUGAACACUGGAAGUUCAGUCGACGAAGCAAAAGCUAACGUUGAUGAAAGGAACCCUCAUUACUCUCAUGAAACUUUAGAUGUCGAGAGCGCACAAACUAACGUUCCAGACGGCCGAAGCGCCCUCGAGUCAGCACUCGCCGUCUCGGCUGAGAACACUGUAGAUCUUGAGAAUGCUGAAAUUCACAAUACGAACGAGGUAUCAUCCGAAAUGAAUCCCGAGACUGCCAUUGAAAACCAUGCAAUAGAUGAAGAUGGUGAGGCAUUUACUUUAUCGGAAGACCAGUCUCAUUUAUCAGCUACUGAUGUAGAAGAAGUCGACAGCGCUAUCCCCGAUGGUUUUCUUUCAGCUAAUGAUUCAAACCCCAACGAUAUUGAAGCUGCAAUUCCUGUAGAGCCAUCGACUAAAGAUCAAGUUAGUUUACUUGAUGAAGGCCAAGGGAACUCACUGGUUGACGCACAAGAGCAGUCUUUCGAUCAAGACUCGAUUCAACCAGAGUCAUCGGAUGCUGUUGAUGAAUGUGCAAGUGCAGCGAUUGGCCACGAGGCCCAAGUGAACCAUCUAUAUAUUGAAGAUCACGGAUUGAGCGAAGAGUUCCAUCCCACGAUAGAAAGUUACGAAGCUGGAGCUUAUUAUGACGAGAACUGCACUGUAGUUGCAGUCGACACUCAAGGAAAUGCAUACGAACGUGAUGAAAAAGUAGAUCACCAACUAUCGGAACAGGAGUUUGUCGAUCAAACUGAACAAGUUGUUGAUAGCUACGAACGACAAGGUUACGAAGCCGUGGAAACGCCAUACAGUGGCGAUACUCAGCAAGACUGGAGCGAGCCUUUCGUAGCUGAACAUGCAGCGGAAUACAGCGAUUAUUAUCAAGACGCCUCAGUACCUUGGCAAGAAGAGCAGCAGUCUUAUGUUGACUAUGCUGAUAGCAUCAGCGAUCAAGCGCAUGAAGGUGAAGUUUCAGAUCUCCCUACCAGUGUUGAUCCGAAUACUAGCGCUGCCGACGUUGCCAUCAAUGCUGAAGAUGCUGUAGCAACCGAGUGAGCCCACCUCACAAACUAAUAAAUCAUUUGCGC